GCGGGAAUCGAACCCGGGUCGCCAGGUUCGCAGCGGCUCACGGCGUCCCUGCCGUGAGCCGCCGCGAAUCCCGCGGAUGGCGCGUCGCCAUCCGCGGGGCCCGCCGCUGACCCCCUCGGCUGACCCCUGACCCCCUCGGCUGACCCCUGACCCCCUCGGCUGAGCCCCCCCACCGCUCCCCGUGUUGACCCCUGCCCAGGUGCACAUGCUGUGCUACCUGAUGGAGCACACCUACCGCAAGGAGCAGCUGCUGCGCAUGGAGCGCCUGCUGCUGGAGCGGCUCAAGUUCAGCCUCUACUACGUCCAGCCGCUGCACCUGCUGCAGGUGCUGCUGCAUCUGUCGGACGCCUGCCAGGAGAUCAACUUCCUGUCCACUUACCUGAUGGAGCUGUCGCUGAGCGACGUCGAUUCGGUGACGUUUGGCGCCAUGCAGCUGGCGGCCGGUGCACUGUGCCUGGCGCGGCACGUGAUGCUGGAGUACCGGCAGGGCGUGAUGAGCAUCGGCGACGGGGAGACGGCGUGGACUGACACGCUCAGCUACUACUCCUCGUACAGCGAGCGCCUGCUCUACCGCUGCAUGCACCGCAUGUCGAGCCUCGUCCUGGGGGUGCAGUCGUCGCGCCUGCGCUCCUCCUACGCCAAGUUCUCGGCGCCGGCGUGGCUCGGCGUGAGCCAGUGCCCCGCCCUCGACGCCUCGCGCUUCCUCAAGUUCUGCGCCGUCGACGUCUGCGACGGCGCCCCGCCGUGACGGGGUG